AUGGUAGCCUAUCGAGGAAAAUUCAGGGAACUUUCCUUUGAUGACCCAGAUCAAGAAGAAGUCCUGGUUCACGCGCCAUCUGGCAGUAUCCCCUCCAAAGAGCUGGGUGACAUGCCAUUAAAGGAAAUUGAGCCAAGCUGGACGGUGGAUUACCCGCGAUCUUUUCCUGAAAGACUCGAGCACAAAGAGCGUGAGCAAUUUGGUACUGGACAUUUCGCAUCAGUCUACAAUACCUUCGUAGCUGGGUGGAAAGCUGGUCUUGUGCGCGCCUUAGCUCUUUCUACUGGAGCUCUGGUGAUCAAUCUCGUCGUCUAUAUCUGGAUGUAUCGGAAUUUUGGUGUGGAACACGGCUCUGGCACUAUUGUUCGUGGCUCUUGCAGCUAUGUUCACCGUGCAGACACUGGCAUUCAUGGAGGACUGAAUGCCAUAUCAACUUUUAUACUUGGAGCUUCUACGUACGCCAUGGAAGGAUUGAUGGCACCGUCCAGGGAUGAGGUCGAUCGAGCGCAUGCGAAAAGAAAAUGGGUUGAAAUUGGUGUCCAAAGUCUCCGAAAUUUAAAGUACAUUAGCAAAAAGAGAGCCAUCUUGUGGCUGCUUCUCGGGAUAACAUCCAUGCCUUUACAUCUAUUCUUUAAUUCUGUUUUCUUCACGUCAAGCCAAUCCAACCAGUACGCCAUCGCGCUUGUUACCGAGGGUUACUUUACGAAUACGACAUGGCAGCCUUCAGUCGAGAAUUCCUCACCUAAGCUGUUCAACUCCUACGACACUAAGAACACUUACGAAUUCUGGAGAGAGAACGAUACCACCGUGAUCUCUCUCCUAAAGGAUGGUCGCGAUCCUACUCUAGCCUCAGCAUUUGUUGAGAUGGACACCAUGUCAUGCAUCAGGAACUACUCGAAUAGCUUCCCUCAAUCGUACAGUGACUUGCUCGUUGUCACUAGUAAUGCUGAGGAUGAACCUUUACUUUGGUCUCGAUACCCUCAACGUGCUGUCUCUAUGGACAAAGCCAGUACCAAUGGGGACCCUUUCCGUUGGAUAUGCCGAGACAUCCUCAACAGCACGAGCCAGGACAGCGACCGUUGCAGUCUGGAACUGGCGGAAGAGGGUACCAGUCAUGGCAAGAACUGGACCUUACUUGACCAUCCCAUCUCACGCUGUCUAGCCCGCUCAACUCCCGACGUUUGCCAGCUACAAUUCAACGUCUGGUUAAUGUUGGCUGUCGUUGUGGUCGGCAGUAUCAAGACCAUUAUAAUCGCCUAUUUAGUGUUCGAGAAGCCAGUCGGGCAAUUCCUGCGCACAUUGGGUGACGCUAUCUCCUCAUUCCUUCAAUUCGAGGAUGAGACAACGCGAGGAAUGUGUCUAGUCUCCUCUAGACAGAUUCGAAAAGACAACUGGGCUGCGCACUACGAUCCCCAAGUUCACACCGGCCGACAUCUUCGCUGGUGGCAUGGCGCAAACAGUGUGCAAUUCUUCUCCACAAUCGGCCUAUCAUCUGUCUACGCCAUCGUAUUAGGAAUUGCUCUAUACUUUGCCAUCGACGGCGCACACGGCUCAGCUUUUGCGAACGGCUUAGGCGUUCCGAACAUACAAUCCCUAGCAUCAUUCCAAGGAGAUGAUGUAGGUAGUUCCGGCAUCGUGCCUUCUCUCUUAGUAGCCAACAUCCCACAACUUGGCUUCUCCAUCUUGUAUGUUGCAUAUAACAACAUCUACUGCAAAUUGGCCAUCGCAGAAGAGUUUGAUCGUCUCGCCGUCCGUCGCAAGGGCCUUAGAGUGUCUGAGCGGCCCAGAGGUGCCCAGCGGCCGACUCACUUCUUCACAUUACCGAUCAUGUACGCGUUGCCUCUGAUGGGUGUUUCAGCGCUACUACACUGGAUGACAUCUCAAAGCAUCUUUAUGGUGCGUAUUGAUGGUGUGGAUCGGAAUCAUAAUAUCGACCCUGAUGAUCGCCUUUCCAGGUUGGGCUACUCCAGUGCGGGCAUCAUCGGCUUGGUAUGUAUAUGUCUACUUGUGACAAUCCUGACGUUAUGCUUGGGUGCAUUUAAAAAGCUGCAUAAUGGCCUUGGGGAAGUGAGCAACAGCGCUGUCAUCAGUGCAGCGUGCCAUGGCUUGCCUGGAGAUAAUGAUGCGCACGUACAGGAGGUCGUAUGGGGAGAUGUCUCGCCGGAUGAUGAGUCCACGGUUGCGCCUAGCGUCAGGCAUUGUUCGUUCACUAGUAGACUUGCCGAGAGGCCUAUAGUUGGACAGCUGUAUAGGUGA